UACACGCAGGUCACAUAUAAACCACAAAGAAACAUCGUGGUUCCCUCGCAUCAGCAUCUUUCGUAAUUUUCUUCACUGCUAUUUGCCAUUGUCACUCUCAUUCUCGAUGGCGGCGAAGAUUUCAUUGGCAAUUGGUUUGAGAACUCUCUUCACUGUUUUGGGACUUCUUAUGCUUGCUAUCGUUCUUUACACUGUCUUCACCGAUGGUCUUCCGUUUCGCAAAGAACUUCUCACACCGUGGAUGGCAGCAACUUUGAUUGAUUUUUAUAUCAACGUUGUAGCUUUGGCGGUCUGGAUUGCUUACAAGGAAUCAAACUUAAUCAGCUCAAUUCUGUGGAUUGUUUUGCUUGUCUGCCUUGGAAGCAUCACUACAUCUGCCUAUAUUGUUGUGCAAUUUCUGAAGCUGUCAUCUCAAGAAUCUUCACAGGAUCCUAUGUAUUAUGUUCUAUUGCGGAAUCCAAAUAAGAACGGCACAGCACCUCAAAGAAAGCAUUCAUCUAUCGUGACUCUAAGAAUAAUUUUCAGCAUUUUGGGUGUUGUCAUGCUUGGAACUUUGGUGUACACUCUUAUCACCGAUGGUUCUCCUUUCCGUAUAGAGCUUAUAACUCCGUGGUUGGCAGCAACAUUAGUUGACUUCUACUUCAACGUUGUGGCUCUAGCAGUCUGGGUUGCCUACAAAGAAUCUAGUUGGAUUUCUGCAAUCUUUUGGAUAAUUCUCUUGAUAUGUUUUGGCAGCAUUACUACUUGCUUCUACAUUACAUGGCAGCUGUUCCAGAUAUCUCGUGAAGAUCCUGCUUACCUUGUUUUAGUGCAUCAUGGAGACAGAAAACAGAUAUAAGGGGAUAUCUGGUGAGGCAACAUAGCAAUGGUGUUCAUGAAUCAAAGGCAUGUAAAACAGUAAAAGGAUCAAGUGGUAUGUUCUUGAAAAUGUGUGAGUGGAUUGCCUAUAAGGCUUACGAUCUCGCAUUUACUUUGUUUGAUAGUUGCAGGAAAUAAAAAAGGGGAUUAGAUAAUCCCUGAGCAGAUAUUGUAACACCAGAAGACAAAAUUAACAUACUAGCGCAAUAGAUGUAGUUUGGAGAUCGUUAUCUCUGCAAACACUGCUAGUGGAUGGACGAUGUCGUUCCCCAAGCAGUAAUUCUUCUACUUUCUUGUGUUAUAAAUGCUCAAUUUUUUCCUCUGUAUAGCACUACCACUGUAAUUGAUUAUGAAGUUUAAACUUCCGAAUCAGAGAAAAUGUUCAGAUCAUAAGUAUCUAUUCAUUUGUUA